UUACAGUUUCUGAACGAAUCUCAGAGAAGUUGGUACACGACUUUGAGCAAACCUUUUUUUUCUGGAAAGCGGGCAUAAACCAAUUUCAUCUCCAAUAAUCACUUGCGGGACAAGCUUUAGCGGCAUUAUCUAGCUCUAGACAUAAUAAAACUCAGAAAUGUCUCACACAAUAUUGCUGGUUCAGCCGGGGCCUAGGCCUGAGACCAGGACGUACUCUGAUUACGAAAGCGUAAAUGACUGCAUGGAGGGCGUGUGUAAGAUCUAUGAAGAGCACUUAAAACGACGAAACCCUAAUACGCCGACUAUCACUUACGAUAUUUCCCAACUCUUCGACUUUGUUGAUCAGCUUGCCGACCUCAGCUGUCUAGUGUACCAAAAAUCCACUAACACAUAUGCACCAUACAACAAAGAUUGGAUCAAAGAGAAGAUAUAUGUGUUGCUCCGCCAAGCCGCUGGGCAGAGUGACUAAAAUGUUCAAACUGGUUAUUGUACUACUUUGUCGUUACCAUAACACAGACAUGUGGAGUUGGCAGCAUUCAGGCUUCAAUUUGAUCUGAGUUAAGUUUUAUCUGCUUAUGAACUUUUGACCACCACAGUCAGCUGUGACCGUUAUCGGAAAGUCUUGUUAAGAACGCCAAUGACGGCUACAGCUGACAGCAAUGCAAUAGGGAGUUCAAUUUCGCUUAAAUAAUUGCGAUCACCUUUUCCUUUGCUGUCUGGCGUUCAAUAAGUUAAAGAAGUUCGAGCACAUAUUAUAUCAUGAUUCUGUUAGAAUACAGGGGACAAAGUAUUAUAAUAAUCGUUUUCAUGAUGACCAUUAUCCUCCUUAUAAUCUACAUUAGAUUUGCAUUAGCAUUCUCUUUUAAUUGCAUUUGCGAUAGAUACCAGAGAUAAACUUUUUAACCGCUUAGAAUUUUCAUCGAGUGUGCUUCUGUUGCCGCUGGUACAAAGUUACACGAAGUUUUGUCUUAUUUAUGAGACUGGAGCGAAAUGAGCUGGAUAUUGUAUGUCUUAUAUAUCAGACUAAUGCGGUUAAAAGGUUAAUUUUUUUUAUUAAUACUAUUUAAUAAUACAAAACAGGUCUAUCUCGGAUAAAGCACUUGUGUUAAGCCUACAGCUUGGAAAAGCAGCAUUUAUUUGCUAAUGUAUAAUAUUGUGGAUUAUGGGGACCUUUAUUUUAAUGAGUAGGAGUUAUUUUAUAUUGUGAAUCAUAAUAUAAAAUAAAGAAGUUAUAAGGGUGUUUGUUAUAAAUGCUUAUUGCUACUAGCCGUGUCUUAUCCAACCUCGACAUUGGCAGAAUCAUCAACACCUUGAUGGAGCCAUUACACGAAAAAUUGAUUGAUUGAAGUUGGCAUUGAAAUUCUUGCCUUAUAUUAUUAUAUAACAACAGUUUUUCUAUUGCAGUAAGAACUUUCCUACCUUAGCAUUUUUAUUUGUAUCUAACAUACAAAUAGCCAUGUCAGAUAAAAGUCAGUCCAUACAAUACAUAUGACCAUUGGCCGAGGUUUUCGAUGGAGGGGUAAUCUCUUAAAGGCGACUCCAGUUGUUAAAUCCUCCAAGGCUCUACCAGACCAUCAAAAAUAUAAAUGUCAAAAUAUCAGUAAAAUGUCAGAUCUGACGUUAAGGCUGCCGUUGCACUGAGGGGAUGAUAGAACCAGGGAUCGGAAACCGGUAUUUUUUGUAUGGGAAUGAAAACGGUUUUUCGUUCUUUGUUAAUUACUUCAUUUCUAAUUAGGCAAUCUAAUAAUACGAAGUCGUUAUCUGAAAACAACUGAGUCCUACAUUUAGAGUAUAAAAUAAACCGAAAUAUAUGGUUAUUUCGAUGUUUCUGCAAAAAACCGGUUCCGAUCCCUGGAUAGGACACGUGUUGUAAAUGUUGUAAUCACCAAUAGCUUCUCCGUUCUGCUGGAUUAACCACCGAUUCCCACAUAUCUGCGCUCAUCUCCUCAGUGAUAAAGCAGCCUUAAACUUAACUAUAUGAACAACUGUCGAACAUAGCUUAGUGCAUUUACAAACAUCCUUAAACAUGAAAUUUUCAUUGAUAUCUAGAAUAAGUUUACUACAAAAAAUUCAAAAACCGUUGUCAUCUCCACAGUAAUUUUAAAAAUGUAAAUUUUGUCAUUGAUAUACCUAAGGACGAGCCUUACGGACAAUAAGAAUGGGGCCAGUACAGCGGUGUCACACACACGAAUUCGAGCCAAUCGUGCAGUCUAACGCCACAACGCGAUUGGUUGACGAGUUCGGAUCACGCGCACGAUUGGUCGCAACUCGCAACUAGUUCCGUUAGACUACACGAUUGGCUCGAAUUCGUGAGUGACACCGCUGAACUAGUACCAUUCUUAGGGCCUACGCUAGCUGACGCGGGUGCACGGAGCGGACGAGCUGGUUAACGAAAAAUAGUAUGAGCGACGCUAACUGAAGCGGACUCGUGCGGCGGAUUUCACCUACAAAUAGCACCCGCGUGCGUGCGCACGCGGCGGGCGUCCGCGUCAGCUAGCGUAGGCCCUUAGUGCCCGUAAGGCCCGUCCUUAGAUAUGUAAUGAACUUUGUAUGGAACUGCAAUGGUGUGUGUGAUUGAUGUUUUCUAUUUACACAAAUCUUGUACAUGUUUAGAAGUUUGUAAGAUAAAUAAACAUAAGGUCUUUAUGUAUAAAACUCGUGAAAAUCAAACAUUGAAAUUAGUUUAAACUUUUGCCUCAGUCGGCUGUGGCCGUCAUCGGAGUCUUGCCAAGGACGCCAACGACGGCCACAGCCGACUGCUUCGCCAAUGCAAUAGGGACUUACGCGAGACUCCGUACAGUUCAAUUUCGCUUAAAUAAUCGCGAUCGCCUGGCGUCCAGAACACGGCAUAUUCCUUUGCCGUUUGGCGUUCAAAAGGUUAAGAGGCUGUCAAUACCUAAAGCGCGCACACUGUCUAUUUCUAUCGGAGUAAAUGAGAUAGCACUGUCGCAUGUUACUGGCCCUAGGCAAGGGAAUAAUAAGAAAAAUAUUUAAAUAAAAAAAAGUGGAUUAUUAGUGUAAUAUUUUACUCAACCACGGUUUAGAUAUAAAUGUUUUGAAAUUGUGAUUUUAAUUGCAGACCCAUAAGUCAAAACAAUAAAGACAUAAAACCGUUUAAUUGUGAUUUUAAGACCAAUCUUUGCAAUUAUUUUCUAUCGAGCCGAUUUCGUUCAAUCAUGUAUCGAGUACAACCACGGUCUUUGAAAUAUAAUUAAUAUGAACAUAUAUUUUUCUUACUUGACUAAAACAAAUAGUCUUUCUUAAAAAACUGUUUAAGUAACAUCAAUUUCAAGGACAUUGGGUGUUGACAGCCUCUUAAACGGGUUAUAGAUCGUGUCAUUAGCGGGGUCCACACUGAGUGAGCAUACGCGCGAGGCAAUUUCCUCACGCACAAAACAGCCAGUGUAGACGCUCGCUCGGACAAGGAAAACGCACGCGUCGCCUCGGCCGAGGCACGUCUACACUGGCCGUUUUGUGCGUGAGAUAAAUGCCUCGCGCGUAUGCUCGCUGUGUGGACCCGCCUUUUCACGAAAACGCGUGCUUUGACUCAUAUUGUCAUGUCAUUUAAGGUUAGAUUUGACAAAUAUGCCCGUCAUCGUGGAUGACACGAACUAUACUCACGUAUUUUUAGUCGACAUUUUUAAACAACGCAAAAUCAACUCUAUUUCCUACAUAAUCGGUUCAAAUUUCAGUGGCAAAUGCACGAAAUUCUUCGUGCUUAGCGCCCUUAAGGCUACAAAUUUCACAAACAUCGGGAAUCCCCUCAUAGGGGAUCACAACUGUGCGCUUGUUAUUAUAAGUGAAAAUCAUUAAUAUAAUUAGGGUCCACACAGAGCAAGAAUACGCGCGAGGAAAUUUUUCCUCGCGCACUAAACGGCCAGUGUAGACGUGCCUUGGCCGAGGCGGCGCGAGCGUUUACCUCGCCCGAGCUCGCGAGGAAAUUGCCUCGCGCGUAUGCUUGCUCUGUGUGGGGGCCCAUUGAAUCUAAAUUUCCGGUGUCAAUAAAUGGAGAUGACAGUAACAGAAUUUAUAAUUACAAAUUGUUUGUAAAACAUAUUUCAUUGUAACUAAAUUACUUUGAUAGUACAUUAAUAUGUUGAUUCUAUUUUUAAGUUUAAUGGUACUUUAAGUAUUAAUGUAAGAUUAAAAGUUUUCAAGAUA